AGGAGCGAGGUGGUCGUGGUGGAUGUUGAUCAAAAAAAAAAAGAAAGUGAACAAACUUACCAAUACCAUAGGCUAAGAGAACCUGAAACAAUAGAUGAAACUACAGUGCUCAUUUUCAUUCUUCCUUCCUGAAGAAUCAGUAUCAAUCGGUCUGUCGGACCAAUAAAUUCGAAACGUUCAUCAUAACAAUGGGUCAUCGUGUUGCUGCUUUUUUGGAAGAGCUCCUGUCGCCGUGGCCUCCGAGUAGUAGACGAACUACCACUACUACCGGGACAGAAAGCAGCAACACAGCUUCGUUUGAGUCGUUCUCUGCACCCGGGAUGAGGAGGCCCUCGAUACCCCGAAUGGAUUUGAAACAUGCAGCGAGCGAACGCGGCACCUCCUUAGCCUACAACCCUGCGAAGCAUAGUACUCCGCUCCUCAUGUCAGGUGGCCCUUUCGCUAAAGGAACAGCUCGAGGAGCAACGGCGUUCGCGUCAUCCGAUGACGGCUUGGCGGCAGCAAAUUCAAAUAGUGGCACCGAAGCCGCGGAGGAGGGAGUAUAUCAAUGCGUCAGGUCGUGGGAAAUCGUCAACAGGAUGAACUGCAGCUACUGUAAUUGAUUUGCGUUCUUGUCCUCGAUUCCACCUGUAAGUCAUGAAACAAAAACACAUGAGCUUGCUGCAUCUGCACUCUUCGUACAGCGCUUGCGCCCACGACUUCCGAGGUUUGACAAUUGCAUGGAGUGACUCUGCUUUUGACAUGUUGUUGUCUCCGGCAAACCACAGCGCGUCUGUGUGGCUCUGUCUUCCAGAGACCACAUUUGCCUCGUUCAUGACUCUAUAAUCGAUUCGAAUCCGUACUAGCACCGCUAUACAAAAACUUAAACUAGCUUCAAGCAGUGCUUCCUUUGCAGCUGCUUCAACUUUCACCGCAUUAUUUCAUGUCAUGUUGCGAGGAAUCUUCAUCCGUCGGCCAUCAUCUUCUUCAUGAUUUCCCACUGUGCAGCACUUCCAUACCACGGAUCUCGAGAAGAACGUUCAGAAAUCCGAGGAGCCAGAAUUAACGCUGGAGGAGAAGAAUAGAGGAGUCUACAACUUCGGCAACGCCGACCAGGAGCACCCUGCCCCCAACCACGAGUACAUCUCCGCCGAAAAAGACGAGGACACGUUCGCCGAUUCCGCGGCCCGCUCGGGAGGCUACGACUUCCCCAAUCCGCUAGGGAACGCCGCGGUGAUUUCACGGGCAGCGAAAAUGCAGGACUUGAGCGCCGAACAAAGCGCGCAACUGGCCAAGCAAGCGGAAGGCUUCGAGGCUUCGCUGAACGGUGGAACGGGGGCCGUGGAGGAGGUCCCAGAAGGCGCCCUGCCAAAGCCGAAGCCACCGCUCACGGAGUACUACAAUCAGAUGCCCAAGUAUGGAUGUGUCAGAGUUGAAAUCGACAAAGUUGAAAUAAUUUGUCAUGCAUAUUAAAAUGGAUGCCAGUUGGAAGCCAGUUUGUAAGUGGCGCAUGACAAAUUUCGGUGGCCCCUAAAUCCAGUUUGUCAUGCUGUUUAGGCAAAGAAGAGCGAUUUUCUCAUGCUUUUAGCAGCUCGAGCUGUAGCCCCAAACAGGCUUACAAUCGGCCUCACUUGCCUGCUCUGCAACACACGUACGUCGGGUUAUGCACUCAUUCCUAGAUGCAUAUGCACACCGAAUUAACCCCAGACUGAGGCAAGACGCUACGUGAGGGCGCCCGUGUACGACCAGGAAGUCGGGCAAUAUGCACCUAAACCAGUAGCGUCGGGACAGAAGCAGCGGCCACGGGACAAGCAAGAGAAGCGGAAAAAUCGACUGAUUCCGUUAGCGUCGUGCACCGUUUUCAGGACCUUCAUCCUGCACAGCGCCCAGACCUUGUUCUGCGCGGCGCCAAUCAAGACUUUCAUCGGGACAGGCGGACUACUAGGUCGCGGAGUCCGCACUCUCCCAGCUCAGGUCGGUUCUGUGGACGCAGCUGCUCGUCGUUCUCGAUGGGCCAGCAACCUUGGUUCCUCAUCAACAGCAUUUGCGUUGCGGGUGCACGAGUGUUCCCGCGUGGUCGCCAACACGCGGCUUCCCAGUUCCAGCCGGAGCCUCUACAGCGUUCUCUUCUCGGACCUUCCUGUGUGCCCCCUUAGUAUUUCUUCUGGGACCUUCUCGGACCUCCUUCCCAGUGCUGUAGUCUUCCGCCCCGGGGCUGUUAUUCCCGUUGCAGGAUGUACUACCCUGGUCCGUGGUUGCUACACCGGCAGGCGUUAGGUGAGUAGAUGGACUUCGCCCCGGCCGUCGCGUAGGUUCUCCUACGUGGGAUUCCUGUUGAUGCCUCCUUGGUUUGGGGUUGUCCUCGAUGGUGGUGCUGGUGGAUUUGGUGCGAAGGCUUGCAGCCCCUCGUUCUCCUCUUCCCCGCCAGUUCUGAGUGCAUUGUCGCUUGGAUCUGUUUCUGCUGUCCCCCUCUCCUUGGUUGCUGUCGAUGGGUUUCUGGCGGUUUGUGUGGCGUCGGAAAUUUUGCCGCCACCACUGUCUGGUCCCCGUCUGCUCUGUGGCAAGGCAGGUCGGGUUACCUGGUCGGGUUGGUUGUCUGGUCGUGUCGCUCUAUGCCCCUGCCCCUUGAUGCCUGCCACUGGGCGGAUUGGGAGCGUUUUCACGGCGUCAGUCUGUUUCUAAGUGCUGAAACUAUAUGACGCGUGUUGUCUGCUCUUAGACAUUAUGGGGAGGAUGCUUGUCCUUGUUUUCCCCCCAGGGCAUUGCCUCAUCGUUGGUGCUACUGUGUGACAGCUCUUGGUUGCCGUGGUGCUUUCGGUGGGAUGGACGUCCGGUGUUGCUUCGACACUCUUGUGUUGUUGCAUUUGUGAAUGCGAGGGCAGUGGUGGACUGAGGUUGCUGGAGUUUUCCGUAAGGACACUCCAAGUUAAUUUUUGACUACUUCGCUUCCUUGUGCCUCUGCUUUAGUGCUAUUUUUGGCGCUUUGGCUUAUAGGCGUCCCCCUCGCAUCUCACCUCCAGGUCUUCGGGGACCCCACUUUUCCAAGGUUCUUGGUUGUGGAUGGUUCCUUGAGGGCUUUGUGGCGUCUGGGUAUCCUUUGUUGCAUUUUAUGCAUUACAAAUUAUUUCAACUUUGACGAUUUCAAACCUGACGCAUCCAUACCAAGCAGAGCUGGACCUACGAAACCCUGGGACUGGACCGGAAGGCGGCGUACUUGGAGGAACGACAGUUCCAGAAACCGUGCGAGGGUGGCGGAAAAUGCGAGCUUGUGAAAGGUAUCCACAAUCAACUUCAUCUACCACUCUAUGCACUGAUGUAACUCCCUAUCAAAUAAAGCCUACAGUCCGGGCCACAUUUAUUCUUGGUUCUGUCUUCUGCACGAACAAAACUGCAUGAAAAUCCAAGACCGAGGCGAUAGCUGAUGCGUUGGAGGACAGAACUGGUCGUGCGUCAGUUUUCUUGAUAUGAGUUUCGAUUUUAUAUGGCGAUGAAAGUGGUAGAAUGUCUAUGAAGAUCACGUCCAGACUACGAAUAGGAUUAGGAUUAGGAACUAACUUUUUUUAUAGACUCGUCUACAACUAUGUUCGCUGCGUCAGCUGCGAUUACAACGACAAGCUACAAUUUCUAUCCAAUGACAACACGACAGAGCCCAUGAAGGAAUUAGCGUGUUACCGUACGGCCGUUACCGUAAACAGCAAUGAGCAGUGCAACUGUGAAAACGCUUGCGAGGACCCGCCAGCGUGCGGUGCCGGCUUGUGCCACUUUCACGAGGGUCAGUGUCAGUUCACCCCGGAGGCUAAGAUGGGCGAAGACACACCCGCCUGCUCCUGCAAGGAGGCGUGCAAAAAGACCCUGCCGCUGUGCCCCUACGAGUACCAGGGAAAGCAGUUAUGCGCGCGCGCAAGCCCCGAGGAGCUUUGCCACCCAGUAGAGGGUGUGGAGCAGCCGUACCCCUGCGAGUGCGUGGAGACCUGUGAUUUCACUCCGUGCGCCGAGGACCAAUGCGAUUGGCGGCUGCCGACAGGCGAGCAGCAAGGCAAGGAAGCCUACUGCGACGUGACGGACGCGACGAAGCGCGACGGUGUGAAGUGCUACUGUCCAGCCGAGGUGUGUACUAACGAAAAACCAAAGCCCACGAAGCACCGCUCCGUCGAAGAACUGCUUCGCAUUGGUCCGCUGGCGCUCUUAUCGAAUCCAAGGUAUGCAGCUCUCGUGAAUCUACAGUAUCACCCUCGUCGCGGACAUCAACGUGCAAGAGCAAGGCUGCUAAAAGUAACGCAGGAGCAAAAAGUUGCACAUUGAUAUUGCUUGACUUGUUUACGCAUUGGUAAUGCAUAGCGACAGCCAUAGCAAACAUGACUCUCCAGUUGUAAACCUCCUGGAUUUAAUAUUUGAUGCGCGUAGAAGUCUUGGCUCGUUGUGCUUUGUGACCCACCUCCACAAUCAACAUCAUGAUGAUCUUCAGCAUGCAUUAUGAAAAAAUGAUCAUCCUCGUCGACGAGAAGGGCGAUACGUGAUUUUGCAGUGGAUAGAAAGCAAGUGGUGACCAAUGGAGUACUUGACCUCGGUGAGCAGGCAAUGGGCCGUGCAAAGCAGAUGACGGAAACGGUUUCGGAGCAACUCGGCUAUGUGAACAAGGAAGAUCUCAAGAAGAAAUUCGGGGACAAGCUGGGAUAUCUUCCGGACGUUCCCCCGAUCCCCGGCGGCUGGCAAGUGGUGAACGGCGUGCUGGCCUACAAGCAGGGCGUGGACGCCAUUGGGCACUGGCUCAUGGUGUUGGUGAAGUCGCUCUUCAUUCCCAUGUCGGCGCUGUUCAUGAAUUCCCCGCUGGGAAAAAUCCCGGUCCUGCGGAACGCCUUCCCCGACCUGAUGCGCGACUUCCUUCUGCUGAAGUCCGGGGCGCUGCGCGGGGGGAUCCUGGCCAGCGAGAUUGCGGAGGGCGAGGACCAAGACGCGUCUGACGUGGCGGGCGCAACGUCGCGCGCCGGGAAAUUCGCGGAGCGGGCGAAGCGCAUCGGGUUCGGCGUCGGCAGCGUGGUAGGAAAACUGCGGAACGCCGCAGAGGGCCUCGCCGAGAAGUUCAACAACAGCGGGCUCGGCAAGAUGGUCGCUGGCGACUACAGAGACACGGUGCAAAACAAACCGGAGUUCUACGCAACCUCGCGGGCACGGAGCAGCGCGCAGCAGCUGGUCCAAAACGAGGGGCCGAUGCGCGGGGACCAGUACCCCUACGGGAUGUCGCGCAAGCCCUACGACCUGGGCGAGCAGCCGCGCGACACCAGCAACGAGCCCCAGCUGCUGCUGGCGCACAAGUCGCCCUCGAUUGUGGACACCAACAUCACCAACAGCAACGAUUUCAGCUGCUGGCAGACAGCAGAGACCACGCCGGUGCGCAAGACUGCGCACCCCUUCUUCCGGUUCGACCGCCCGCUGCACAAGGUGCACGUCCACGCAGAGGAUUUGACGAAUCACGACGUGAAAUGGGACGCCAUCUACAACCUCCAGGGGUCCACCGUGCUGAAGCCCAACGCGACCGCCCUCGGGGGAACGCGGCCCGACUUUUGGACGUUUUGCGCGCCCCCGGAUGACCCGCCGCACAGUUUUUCCGUGGACGUGCACCUGGUUGGCACGGGGUUCAACAAGCUGGACAAGUACAGAUCGUUCCUCGGUUCCACGCUCGUUAACGCCUUCACACCACUGCACGCACCCGAGAGUUACGGGAUGCCGAUGCCAACGAGGCCCGACAGCUUCAAAAUCAACAUCGUUGGCAACUUGCUGAAAAGCCAAAGACAAAACCAGGAGUGGGAGACCAUUCAACUGUAAAACUAGGCACAGGCGGUAGCCGUGAUGUGUUUUUCUUCUAAGCAUCAAGAGGACUCAUUGUCAUUUAGGAAGAACAUACAGAAUCGACAUGGCAGUUGUAUUGACCUCUUAGAAGCACGCUUGUACAAUGAACUUGUCCAUCAAGAACAAAAAUUGAACAGUAGAUAAAAAAGAGCACUCUACUGAUUUGUUGCUUUUGCUAUGUACGAGUAUGCAUGAAGAUUCAAGAUCAAGUUUCAGACGACCAAGACCAAGACGCAACCAAUCUAUUAGAAGUUAGUAUCUCGUCGCUAAAUCAGUUGGACCACCAACUUUGGCAUCUGCCUGCUUCCAUCCACUGAGC